AUGACGGAAUCUGUAUCUGUCGAACAGCAACUUGCUGUACAGUCCAUAAGAAGAUUUCUGAAGUCAAAAACAUCUUACGAUGUUCUGCCAGUAUCAUACCGAUUGAUCGUAAUGGACACAUCUCUACUGGUGAAAAAGUCUCUAAACAUUUUGCUGCAAAAUAAUAUCGUUUCUGCGCCGCUAUGGGACUCACAUACGUCGAAAUUUGCCGGUCUGCUGACGUCGUCGGACUUCAUCAAUGUCAUCCAAUAUUAUUUUUCCAACCCUGACAAGUUCGAGCUUGUGGAUAAGCUGCAACUGGACGGACUCAAGGAUAUAGAGCGUGUCAUUGGCGUCAGACCGCUCGACACGGGCUCCAUUCACCCAUUCAAACCGCUGUAUGAUGCAUGUUGCAAGAUGAUUGAAUCGCGCAGUCGUAGAAUCCCGCUUAUUGAUCAGGAUGAGGAAACGCAUCGCGAGAUUGUGGUGAGUGUACUGACCCAGUACCGAAUUCUCAAGUUUGUGGCCCUCAACUGCCGCGAAACACGUCAUUUGAGAAGGCCUAUUGGAGAACUGGACAUUGUAACCGGCGGUGAGCUCUUGAGCUGCAACAUGCAUACGCCCGUCAUCGACGUCAUACAACUGUUGACGCAAGGCGGUGUAUCGAGCGUCCCGAUUCUGGACAACCAGCGUCGGCUGGUGAACGUGUACGAAGCAGUAGACGUACUGGGGCUGAUCAAGGGCGGGAUGUACAACGAUUUAUCGCUCAGCGUGGGCGAAGCGCUUAUGAGACGCUCCGACGACUUCGAGGGCGUGUAUACGUGCACGAAGCACGAUAAGCUCUUUACCAUUAUGGACACGAUCCGGAAAUCCCGGGUGCAUCGCUUCUUCGUUGUUGACGACGAGGGUCUUUUAACGGGCGUUUUGACACUGAGCGAUAUUCUCAAGUACAUUCUGUUCGAGGAGAAUUGA